AGAAGUAAAAAAAUCAUUCUUGCAAAUCACAUCGAUUUUAUAUUGUUUGUUAUUGUCGUAAGAAAAAAUAAGAACAAAAAUAAAGAAAAGUCCAAAUAUUAAGAAAUUAUGUUUGGAUUUGUUCGGAGGUUCUUACGUAGAAACACAAAACCAAUUGAACAUAACGUUGCAUAUAGAUGGAAGCGUAAUUUGAGUUUAGCAUAUGGAUUUUUAGCAUGGAAUGCUUUUGGAUUCGUGUGUUAUCAAAUUUACAAUGGAAAAGCUGAUUGGGCCAAACAUCAUGGAGUAGAAACAGAUAAUUCUAGACCAGCUGUACAAUUCUCGAGAAUGUUUGGUAUGGAACAUGCAAAAGUUUAUUCAUUUUCUGGUUUAUCGUUGAAAGAUACUUAUGAAGUUGACAAUACUAAAAUAUUUGACCAUAUUGAUGAAAAUGAUUUAGUUACAGAAGUUAAGGUAGAACAAGAAAACAACGUUAGUUUGAAUGAAUAGUUUUCUUUAUAAUUUGCAAGGCACAUUAAUUUAUGUAGAUAUUUUAUAAAAAAAGGAACUUAAUUAUUAUCACAAAUUUUACGCGUUAAAAUGAAUAUUUGAUGAUAAUAAAAGAAUUUCUUAAACAGAUGAAUCAGUGUUAAGCUUUUCAAGAUACAUAAAGUGUUGUUGACGUUGUC